UCCGUCCCUGAAGCCUCAGGCCCCGAGGAUGAGGGCUGCCGGUCCGGGCCGUGGGGGCGCUCGUGGGGCCGCGUCUGACCGGCAGUCCGAGGAAACCUGGCGUGACGGCCCCGGGGAGGGCGACCGGCCCGUGUCCGCGGGGUCCAGUGUGAGGAGGAGUGACGUCCGCAGUGUCAGCUCUAGCAGCUGUCAUUCUGAGAGAACGGUUUGAGGUUCCCCGGAGCUCGGGAGUGAUGACGGACCCUGUACAGGCACAGGUGAACGUGGAGGACGUGUUUGUGUCCUUCUCCCCGGAGGAGUGGGGGCUCCUGGACGAGGCCCAGCGACGCCUGUACUGCGACGUGAUGCUGGAGAACUUCGCCCUCCUGGCCUCGCUGGGUUCUUGGCCUGGCAUGGAGGAUGAGAUACCUUUUAAGCAAAGGGUUUCUGCAGAAGGAGUGUCACAGGUCGGGACUCUCAAGUCAGGCCCUGCCACCCAGCAAGCCUACUCCCGUGAGGCAGGUGGCCUGGUCUUGAAAGACAUUUCACACUUGGCUGAGCACCAAGAAACACACUCUGGGCAGAAGCCGUGUGGGAAACAAUUCUGGCUCAGUGGGAACCUUCAGCACCAGAAACAGCGUCGGGGAGAGAAGCCCUUCAGAGGAGACGAGGGCCGGGCCUCUCUUGUGAACAGCUGCCCUGUCCAGCCCCGGAAGGUGCCCUCUGUGCCUGGGGAGGCCCGCGAGGACUUCUCAGCUCGCUCGGGCAGUUCCCAGCACCGCGCUCCCCACGGUGGCGGCGAGUGUGUGGAGGCCUUGCGUAGCGGACAGCGGCAUCACGAAUGCAGCGAGUGUGGGAAAGCCUUCAGCCGCAAAGACUCGCUCGUCCAGCACCACAGAGUCCACACUGGAGAAAGGCCAUACGAGUGCGGCGAGUGUGGGAAAACCUUCAGCCGCAAACCCAUACUCGCUCAGCACCAGCGAAUUCACACUGGAGAAAUGCCCUACGAGUGUGGCAUCUGUGGGAAAGUUUUCAAUCACAGCUCAAACCUGAGUGUGCACCAAAGAGUUCACACUGGAGCAAGGCCUUACAAAUGCAGCGAAUGUGGGAAAGCCUACAGCCACAAAUCCACGCUUGUCCAGCACGAGAGCGUCCACACUGGAGAAAGGCCGUACGAGUGCAGCGAAUGUGGGAAAUACUUUGGUCACAAAUACAGACUCAUCAAACACUGGAGUGUUCACACCGGGGCACGGCCUUACGAGUGCAUUGAGUGCGGGAAAUUCUUUACCCAAAGCUCCGACCUCGUUGCACACCAGAGGGUCCACAACGGUGAGAAGCCCUACGUGUGCAGCGAGUGUGGGAAAGCCUUUAGCCACAAGCAUGUGCUCGUUCAGCACCAUAGGAUCCACACCGGAGAAAGGCCGUAUAAGUGCAGUGAGUGUGGGAAGGCCUUCAGGCAAAGGGCUUCCCUCAUCCGACACUGGAAAGUCCACACUGGAGAAAGGCCAUAGCCUAGCAGGGAAUAUGCCAUGUUUCUCUCUCAUCCAUGUUUCUUUCUUCUUUGUUUUUUUUAAUAUAUAUUUUAUUGAUUUUUUUUACAGAGAGGAAGAGAGAGGGAUAGAG